CUACAAUAACAGUCCCUCCUCUUUCUACCACUAGUCCUCUCAGUGAACUGCCGCUCCAGUUUUCUGUUCUUGUGGAUCCCAGGGUAACCACAUGUACAGAGGGAGUCUUCUUGCCAAAGUUUGUCUUUCCAACUCCUGCCAAUGGAGCACGACUGCAAGCGGAGGUCAACAGGGAAAUGGAGUUCAGAGUUAAAGCAGAAGCCACACAUGCCACGAUUGUUCAAGUGAUUCUGAGGGCCCCGUUGACAACGACAAAGCGAAGAAACACAGGCAAUGAAUUUGACAUCAAGUGGACACCACAGCCAGAAGACCUGGGACAUCAUUUUCCAAUCUGCUUUGUUGUAGAGGCAGUGGACGGAUCCCGUGUAUAUCAGUCUGAGAUGAGAUGUGUUCUGGUGGAUGUCAGGAACACACAAGUUCAAUCUCAUGUGAUUUGCCACGAGUCCUCAAUGACAGUGAUAGUGGAGAAAGCUUCAUUUCCUCGACUGAGUGAAGAUCAUCUGCAGCUCAGCGACCCCUCAAACACACUCUGCAGCCUUCAGACUCACUCCAACAACACUCACAUCAUCGGUGUCGUCCCCCUUAAUGCUUGUGGAACUCAGAUUGAGGAAGACGAUGAUUACCUCCUGUUUAAGAAUGAACUCACCACAGUCGACAGCUACAGAGAUCUCAUCACCAGGAAGAACCUGCUGGAAGUGAAGUUCUACUGUCAGUACCCCAAACGAGGAAACGUGACUCAGAGCUUCCUGACACACAGAAAGACCAUCUCUGUGUGGGACCGGGGCUUUGGACGUUUCACCUAUCAGUUUGAGUUCUAUCCUGACAACCAGUUUAAUGAUAUGAUUGAUCCAAAUUCAUACCCCCUGGAGUAUGAAUUAGGCAGCAGGAUUUACAUGCAGAUACAGGCCACGUCUUCUAUCAACAACACAGUGCUGUUUGUGGAAUCCUGCCGUGCUGCACCGUAUGACAACCCAAACUACCACCCAGUCUACUCCCUGAUUGACAAUGGGUGUCUAACGGAUCCAACUGUUGUAGUCUAUCCCAGCUCUGGUGAUCAAUUCAGGUUCAGCAUUGAGGCAUUUAAAUUCAUCGGCCUGCACGAUCAGGUCUACAUAAGCUGUUCACUCAUGAUGUGCGAAGCAGGAAACAACAACACCAGGUGCUCCAGGGGGUGCGUGGACCCCACACAAACGAGUCAUCGGCGCAGGAGGAGGGAGACAGUGAUAGAGUCUGCCAGCCACUUUGUUUCCCAGGGUCCUCUCCGCCUCCGGAGGGCAGCAGAGAGCAGUGAAUCCACAGUGAUCGGGAACCUGAACUUGAACAUGGUGUUCAUAGCUGGUUGUCUUCUGGCAGCUGUUGGCAUGGUGUGUGGAGUGGUCCUGUUCAAAGCCAAAAUGUCAAAGAUCAAAUAUCAACCAUUGCCGUCUCAUGAGCAUUAGUGCAGCAGCACUGUGUACGGAGCUGCAUCUUUGCGCUCAUUUAUAUCUCAUUAUAUCAAGCCUGAUAAAUCUAGAACAACUCAUUUAAAAUGAUUGAUGUGUUUAUAAUUUUUUUUUACUGUGGAAUUAAGCUUUUGGUCUAUGCACUAAGCAGGUGUCGAAACAUAUUUGGAGCAGAAAUAUUCACACUAAUGUAAUCAAACAAAAACUCACAAAUGCUACUGUUAACUGGACCUUGUAGGAUACAGAUUUUCCACAACUGAUGGCUGAGGUGGCCUUACGUGAAGGGCUACAACAGAAAUCAAUAAACAAAAUCAUAAAUGUCUAAUAAAUAAAUAAAUAAAUAAGGAGUUAUUUCAAUAGUAAAUGCCCAAGCUAAGUUAGAAUCAGAAUUUAAAUUACAGUACAAAUCAGAUAUUUUUUGCAUCUCCUUCUACUGCUAUGACCAGGUGCAGAGUUUUGUUUUUUUUAUGGCAAAAAUGCACUUUACUCUUUUUAAAAUGAAUCCUUAUGUUGAUUAUUUGGUUUUUGGGUCUUUAUUAACAUCUCUGUGAUCUUCAGUAAAGUUAUAUGUGAAAAAAAAAACAGAUAAAGCAACAGAGAAGCAUUUCUGUUAUAUUAAGAAGACAGGAUGUGUCUAUUCUGUUUAUAUGU